AUGAAGUACUCUUUUAUUGUUGCUGCUACUGGCUUUGCGCUGAGCCUGGCCGCUGAACUACAGCCCUGGAAAUCGGGGCCCGGCGGCACCGAACAAGAAUGCAAAAAACUGAGCCUUCAAAAGGCGAGGGAAUGCUUUGACAGUCACGAGGCUCGACCAGAUACCGAGCCGAAGCUUCCGUGGCAAGACGGAGAAUGGAAAGCCAACCCCAGACAGUUCAAGCUCUGCAACGACACGCACCCUAAUCCCAAUUUUAAGUUUCGACCUAUCUUGGAACAAUUUUGCGGCACUGAGAUUUACUGCAAUCUCUUUGAUCAGGAUAAAACACGGGUUGAUGGACUAUUCAAGAGUACAGAGCACUGCCGUCAGUCUCAUGAGGCCGCGCCAUAG